AUGGAUGUUCCUGAGCCCGAUCAGUCGCCUUUCACAGCCGUGUCUGCGCACACCUCUAAAUUGACCCGGCAUUACCAAGCCUACCUCGAUGCCUCGACCCCAUACACAACCUACCGCUGGGUUGGCUCCGGCGUACUCCUUUUCAUCUUCUUCCUGCGCAUUGUCUUUGCGCAGGGCUGGUACAUUGUCGCAUAUACUCUCGGAAUUUAUCUUCUGAACCUUUUCCUCGCCUUCCUCACUCCCAAAUUCGACCCCUCUCUCACCCAGGACGAGGGCCUUGAGGAUGGUGACGCGGGGUCCCCCAGCCUCCCUACCAAGAAAGAUGAGGAGUUCCGGCCCUUCAUCCGCCGUCUGCCAGAGUUCAAGUUUUGGCACUCGGCCACCCGCGCCAUCACCAUUGGCUUCGUUUGUUCUUGGUUUGCCGUCUUCGAUAUCCCCGUCUUCUGGCCCGUGCUGGUUGUCUAUUGGAUUAUUCUGUUUGUGUUGACGAUGCGACGACAAAUCCAGCAUAUGAUCAAGUACCGCUACGUGCCUUUCUCCUUUGGAAAGACACGCGUCAUGGACAAGCCCAUGCCAACGGUUUUCUCGGCGUCGACCGAAAUCACCAUCUUCUUCACAGGCUGGACAACAUCAACCGUGACCCAGUAUAUUUUAACACUGAUCUUCAUCUUCAUCCUCGCCAUCCUCAACCGCUUUCUGGGUGCUCUUAAAUCCCAACUUGAACGAUCCUGGUCGCAAGAGACCGUCCCGUCGGAUCUGCUUCUCGCGCCCGUAAAUCAACAAAGCGGGCGGAAAGCGAAGCUCGGGUCUCCCCCAGACUAUCUACAUGUUCCCGGGGAGGACGAUCCAGACGAUGUAUCACUCUCUCAUGACAUUGAAGCAAGAAGCACGUCAAUAGGUCUGCUCGAACGAGCUACACCUCGAAAGAGCGUGUCCCAGAAAUGUCUUCUGUCGUGGAAGGCUAGUGGAACGUGGAGUUUCCGGAAGGAUGGGACGUGUGCUCUGCUUGAGUGUGCUAGGGCGGUAACGGGAUAUUUCAUAAUGAUAGCGGUGAUGACCUGCAACAUUGGUGUUUUUGGUGCGGUGGUUUUCGGUGUGCUGGUGGGUGAGCUGUUUCUUGGAAGAUUCUCUCAGGGAAUGUCUGGUUAG